AUGGAUGUGAGAGGGAAACAAAAGAAGUCAGACGAAAGAAGAAGUCGGAUAAACGAUUUACCAGAUCCGUUGCUGUGUCACAUACUCUCCUAUCUCUCGACGAAAGAUUCAGUUCGAAGCAGCGUUUUAUCCAACCGGUGGAGGAGAAUCUGGUCACAGGUUCCUGCUUUAGACUUGAACUCCACUCAAUUCGAUGGCGACUUUGAUUUUGUGGAAUUUAUGGAUAGGUUUCUAGGUUCAGAUGAAAAGCUAGACCUAAAGAGAUUGAAAUUGGUUUGUUCGUUUGAGGAUUUUGAGGAAUUUCAGUCAGAUGAUGAUAGUCUGUUCGAGUCAUGGAUUGAUGAUGUUGUACGUCGUGGAAUUCGUCAUCUACAUGUCGAGAUUAUGUCGGAUGAUAAUGAGCUCCUCUGUAUGCCUCUCUCGCUUUAUUCAUGCAGGACAUUAGUCAACUUAACUCUCUAUCAUGUAAUCUUGGGUUAUCUCGAACCAGGAUCUGUUGUUUCGCUGCCCUGUCUCAAGACAAUGCAUUUAGAGAUGGUUAGGUGUGAUGGCUCGUUGAUCUUGCAGAUGCUCAUACCUAGCUGUCCGGUGCUAGAAAAGUUGUCUAUAAUCAGGGACCCAUAUGACCUCUCUGAUCUUACCUGUGUGCGAUCACAAUCCCUGAAGAUAUUGACUUUGGAGAUAAAACGUUUUGAAGAUGAAGUUAUCGAUGACCAUGCUGUUGAGAUUGAUGCUCCGGGGCUUGAGCAUAUGAGUCUUCGUGAUCACUUGUCUAAGAGCUUCGUCUUGAGAAUUGGUCCAUCUGCUGUGGUGAAAGUUGAUGUUAGUUUUGAUAUGGAGCGUGGUUAUUUACUGGACCUAGAUGAGGAUCAUGAUGAUGGUUCUUCCGAGAGAACUGUGGUCGGUAAUUUCCUCACGGCGUUAUCUGAAGUUAGUGGCAUGGACGUCUCUUAUGCUACUCUUAAGGUCAUUGAUGAUUACUCAAAACUGGAACCGUUACCUCAAUUUAGUAACUUGUCUUGGUUACAUGCUUCGUUCCAUGGAUCAUCUUUGGAAUUUCUGCCAACGUUUCUUGGUUGUUGUCCGAGUCUACACUCACUUGUCUUGGAAUUUGACUCCUUCAUAGAGAUAAAGCCUAGCCAACUCUCAUAUGUGCCUCAAUGUUUUGCAUCAUCUCUCAAGUUUGUUAAGCUUCAUACACAGUUUACAAGAUGGACAGCAAGCCGGAUGACAUUAGCAACAUACUUUUUGGAGCAUUGUGCUGUCCUCAAGGAGUUGGUUUUAGAUGAGAGUUUUGGUAACAUCGUCAGGAAAGUAAGAAAUAUUCCAAGAAAGUCUGUAGGGUGUAAGAUUGUCAUCAACUGA